AUGGAAGGACAUAUUCCUUUACCGAAAGGACAUUUGCUCAACCUCCAGCCGCGAGCUCGAAACGGACGACGUACCAGAUUCAGUGAUCAAGGAGCCGGGAACGAGCAAAAUGGAGCACACCCGACGGGGGCUGACCAAAAAUCGACAGGGUCAAAAAUUAGAUCCCCCGAGAUACCCCAGACUCUUUUACCGAGGGGCAUGGCCACCAAGCUCCCCAAGCCUAGGGCGUUUGCAGAUAAGGAUAAGGAGCAAAAGAGGGAGGCAUCUGUCACACCCCAGAAAAAGGAGCAGAAUAUAAUUGCGCACAGUCAGAUAAAACGGUCCCCUGACGCGUCAAAUCGUGACUCACCAAAAUCGACAGACAAAGAUCACGAGCAAUACUGGCGGAAGGUUCGAGGCAAGUUCGAUCGGGAGUCACCUACAGCAUCACGGAGCAAAGACAAACAGAAGGACUAUUGUCAGGAGGCCUAUAGAAAGAUUAUCUCAUUGGCUAGCUCACCCAAACAUGAAAUCGCCAAACACAAGCAGAAAACUGCAACUUCAACUACUCGUGGUCAAAGGGGUUCUGAGCAAGGGGCUAAGCCCAGAACCGAAAUAGCGGGUCCUAGCAUCGGCAGUCAAGGUAGACCUGUGUUCCACCCCAAGGGGCAUUCCGGGAAUCAGGAUAGAUCUCAGUCGAGCAAGGACAAACUGACAGGCCACGAGACUCAGGACACGACGCCUCAAAGGUCCCCUGAGAAGACAGAUAACACUACCGACUCGUCCAUUCAUUCAUACCCUUCCAUAUCGCCAGUGUCAGGCCCUAGUAGCUCAAUGACGGAGUGGGAAGAUAGAUUUGUUGUCAAUAUGCCCUCAGCCAAAGACCCAAAUCCGCCAACAAUGAGUGUGGAGCAGAUUGUGGAGUUUCAGAAGAGCAUUGAAAAUGUGCACAAAGAGGGAGAUACGAUGCUUGACCCCGAUACUCUACCAAGUCCACGUACCACGACACCUGAGGGCAAUGCGAACCUGCCAGAUUAUGAACGAAAGCAGCCUAGUACUCUCGAUGGCCAGGACUCACGCUCAAGUCGUCCGGUAGAGGCAGGUGAGCAACCGGCAACGUAUCCGUCUGGUCAUAAUCGAUAUUACUGUCCUGAUGAGAUUGGGAAACAGCGCUGCAGCACUAUCUGGGAAGAGGCACCAUCGAGGCUAAAGCAGAAGGUGUCCGAUGCUAAUCCGGACGGCUCUUUUUUAGGGUGCAGAGAAAUCAAGGGCCCAUGCGACAAGAAUCCCGACGAGAUUCUCUUUUUCUCGUCAACCAACGAGCGCCCCCGAGUGGUGGAUGUGUCGACACCAAUGGCCAAACCAAGAGAUUGGAAGAAAAUAAUGACGCCAUCCCACUCAAUGGCAGCAGUAUCGGAGGAAAAGACCGUCGCUCAAGAAGAACGGAAGCCAACUUUUCAGAGUUCGAAGCGUGUCCAAUGCUCCAAGCAGUCACCGAAGACGAUGUGUCAAGAGACUACAUGUCAACGACAAGACAAGGCAAAGAUGCCUGCGCAUGUCUCGGGGAAAGAGAACACACACCAUGCUGCCCACGCGGCAAAUACUCAGGAUCAGACAAAGAACCACGGGGACGAUGUGUUCAUUAUCACACCCACUAUCACACGCACUAUGGUAGCCACGGAGGAAACGAGAGGCGCUACUCUGAAGCGAGUAGGCGUACCGCCUCGAAUAGCAGGCGAAACCAUCAAGGAUGUAAGGGCGAAGCCUCAAAUGCACUCUUCACCUUCGGGAUUACGACGAGCGACCCAAAAUUCGUGGGAAAAAUCCAACGCAACUUGGCCAACGCCUUCAACCUCGAGAGAUACUCCCGUAAAAAAAGCUCCUGUGGCACAGCAAGCUCGAGCAGAAUUGGGGCAUAUGAGCGCGGAAAGGCGCCGGGCCAUACGUGGGUACAUCCGUAUGCCCGUCAUGGUAAAGUCACGGACAGAAAAUCUCGGGCAACGCAUACAUAAUACCACCCCACAAAGAGUUCCUGCUGCUCCACCGAACAAUGAUAACCAAACUCCGGCAAUGAGUAUAUCGGACUCAUCUCACUCCAUACCCUCCUCGGGCCAUGAUAUCUCUCCCGCCAGUUCGCUGACGAGGGAUCAGCGAUAUCCAAAAGCGCCAGCACAGACCGCUAGAAUCGUUGAGGUAGCCGAGUUGGAUGGCCUACAAGUCGACGAUCCUAAGGACGAUCGUAAGACAGAUCACAAGGAAAACGACAAAUCAGGUGGCAAGUCCACACAGGAAGAUCAUCUUCGCUCCAGGGUCGCUGAUUUGCGUGCCGAUCUACAGACAAGUGCGGUACAGGCAGACUACCGGGGCUUGUUGAAUUCAAUCACUAUGAGUCUGAUCAUGGACAUCUUCGUCCUGUCGGCUGCGCAGGCACAAGGCCUCUUUACGCAGAUAAUAGACAAUCGGCAUUCAAGGACUGUCUUGUUCAAAAUUGCUUUGAAUUGUAUUCUGAACAUGGUUGAGCAUUGCCUGCAUGUUUUCAGAAACCUGCUGCAUGCUUGCUCCAUUUAUACCACAACAGGGGUUUGGCCCCAACCGAGUGAGAAAGAUCUUGCUCGUUUUGUGACUGAUCUUUGUCAAGUGGUGAUUUAUCUUGGUGUUCUUGGUUCUAUCAUGAUGCUUCUAGGGCGAGCGGUGGAGUAUAUGAUCCUUAUCGGAAGCUGGAUCGUAUGGUUUAUAAGGCCUCUUGGGUGGUUUCUGAGUGCGCUAGGAAGAGUUCUCCAGGGUAUGACAACCUGA